AGCUUCAGUUGGUUCACUCCGUCUCUGAGCCUGUUGAUAUGCAGAUUACAGAUGGGUGAAACCAACAUGUGCUCAUGUUUCUGAGCUGACAGGAUCCAUUCACUGCAGAAACACAGGUUUAGACCAGAGAUCAAACUGCUUUCACCAAAACAAAGAAACUCACACAGUCACUGACACUGAGAGGAGAAAUGGCACAGAAAGGAGUUCAGCUGGACCGAGAAACCUUCUCUUGUUCCAUCUGUUUGGAUCUACUGAAGGAUCCGGUGACUACAGCCUGUGGACACAGCUACUGCAGGAACUGUAUUAAAAGUUUCUGGGAUGAAGAGGACAGGAAGGGAAUCCACAGCUGCCCUCAGUGCAGGAAGACUUUCACACCGAGGCCUGUCCUGGAGAAAAACAUCAUGUUAGCAGCUUUAGUGGAGCAGCUGAAGAAGACUGGACUCCAAGCUGCUCCAGCUGAUCACUGCUAUGCUGGACCUGAAGAUGUGGCCUGUGAUUUCUGCACUGGGAGGAAGCUGAAAGCCAUCAAGUCCUGUUUAGUCUGUCUGGCCUCUUACUGUGAGAAACACCUCCAACCUCACUAUGAUGCAGCUCCAUUAAAGAAACACAAGCUGGUGGCCCCCUCCAAGAAGCUCCAGGAGAACAUCUGCUCUCGUCAUGAUGAGGUGAUGAAGAUUUUCUGUCGUACUGAUCAGCAGAGUAUCUGUUAUCUCUGCACAGUGGAUGAACAUAAAGGCCAUGAAACAGUCCCAGCUGCAGCAGAAAGGACUGAGAAGCAGAAGGAGCUCGAGGUGAGACGACUAAACAUCCAGCAGAGAAUCCAGGAGCGAGAGAAAGAUGUGAAGCUGCUUCAACAGGAGGUGGAGGCCAUCAAUGGCUCUGCUGAUAAAGCAGUGGAGGACAGUGAGAAGAUGUUCACUGAGCUGAUCCGUCUCAUCCAGAAAAGAAGCUCUGAUGUGAAGCAGCAGGUCAGAUCCCAGCAGGAAACUGAAGUGAGUCGAGUCAAAGAGCUUCAGGAGAAGCUGGAGCAGGAGAUCGCUGAGCUGAAGAGGAAAGACGGCGAGCUGGAGCAGCUCUCACACACAGAGGAUCACAACCAGUUUCUACACAACUACCCCUCACUGUCAGCACUCAGUGAGUCUACACACUCAUCCAGCAUCAAUAUUCGUCCUCUGAGGUACUUUGAGGAUGUGACAGCAGCUGUGUCAGAGACCAGAGAUAUACUACAGGACAUUCUGAGAGAGGAAUGGACAAACAUCUCACUGACAGUCACUGAAGAGGAUGUUUUACUGUCACCACCAGAGCCAAAGACCAGAGCUGGAUUCUUAAAAUAUGCAUGUGAAAUCACACUGGAUCCAAACACAGCAAACACACAUCUGUUAUUAUCUGAUGGGAACAGAAAAGUAACAUUUAUGAAACAACAACAGUCUUAUUCUGAUCAUCCAGACAGAUUCACUGGAUGGUGUUUUCAGGUCCUGAGUAGAGAGAGUCUGACUGGACGUUGUUACUGGGAGGUGGAGUGGAGAGGGGGAGGAGUUUGUGUAGCAGUCGCAUACAAGAAUAUCAGCAGAAAAACUGGCCUAAAUGAAUGUUUUUUUGGAUACAAUGACAAAUCUUGGGCAUUACGUUGUGACACAAGCAGUUACAAAUUUUGGCACAACAAAGUCCAAACUGUCCUCUCAGGUCCUCGGUCCUCCAGAGUAGGAGUGUACCUGGAUCACAGAGCAGGUAUUCUGUCUUUCUACAGCGUCUCUGAAACCAUGACUCUCCUCCACAGAGUCCAGACCACAUUCACUCAGCCGCUCUAUGCUGGAAUUUUUCUUUGGUUUGAUGGAGACACUGCAGAGUUGAUUAAAGUCAAAUAGAGAAGACAGGUUCAUGUUGAUCUCUGACCAUUAUAUGUACUUGUGUAGUUUCUAAAUGAGGCUUUACAUUUUAGAAGCUGAGAAGUUCAGUGGUCCAUUGAUGUGUGAAAAUAAUAUUGCACUGAUUCAAACUGUACUUACAUUUAUAUACCUUACAUCAAUAUAAAUCUGAAUUUGUUCUUAUGGCUGAUAAUCAUGUGAGUUUAAA